GGCGUUCUGGCUCUUGGAUUCCGCCCUUGUCCAUUUACCAAUCUGGCACUCUUUGCUUACUUACGUGUUGCACCACCCCGACGUACAUCGCGAUGGCGUGGCGCGCGGCGGUGCUCAUCCCGACUUGCUCUGCCAUCUCGUUUACCCGCCUGGCGCCCGAGCGCGAGGUCGGCGCGGAGGCGGGCAGUGACACUGUGGUGGACCUCGACAAGAAUGCGAUCGACGACGUCGUCGGGUCAGAGCGUCGCCAGCCGCUCCUCAGCGAUUACGUGGCCGAGGCGAACGUCACUGAAAGCGAGGAGUCCGCGGAGGCUCAAAUCGCCGCUUGGGAGGCGCAGCGCGAGGCCAGCGAGGAUUUCGAGCAGGCGAACGCUACCGCUCCAGAGCAGCAGCAGCCGGUCGCCAGGCUGAAGGCGCUGCAGGAAGACAUGGCGAAGGAUGACGCGAAGGAGUGCGAGGAGGUGGAGCCGGAAUCCGCGUGCCGCGACGCCGUGGAUUGGCUCCGCCAGUUCGGGUUCUCGAGGCACCCCGAGUGGUAUCCGGGCUACGGCACCGAGUCCACCUUCGAGGAGGUGCAGGGGAUGCUCCACGGCCUCGGCAAGGCGGGCUGCCCCAAGCCCUGCCUUGGCGCGGCGCGGGCGAAGAAGGCGCUCGCUUGCCAGGAUGUGGUCGAAGGCGCGUGCCACGACGCGGUCACGUGGCUCACGAACUCCGGCCUCGAGCGGCACCCCGACUGGUAUCCUGGCCUCAGGGUCGAUUCCAGCGCGUCCGAGAUCCAAGCGGAGCUGUUCCGCCUGGGCAAGGCCAACUGUCCCGCGCCCUGCGACCUCGUCAAAAAGGAGCG